UCUCUCUCAUAAAAAUAUUGAUGAUUUAAACUAUAGUUGACUAAAAAAUUCCAGAAUAAUUUGUCCCCUUUGGAAAGCAUUUCCUGUUGUACCUUUUUCCAAUUUCCUUUCAAUUAUCAAUGCAAUAACCUCAAGUUUUCAUAUCCUUAUGGCUUUUCAAACUGCAUCCGGUUGCAUUUUCAAUAACCGUUUUCAAAAUUUUGAAUCAAUUCCAUUUCAUUCUGGUAUAGCACCUGGACGUCGAACAAGAAUGAAUUCAAUUUUCUGUUGUUUCAACUCAAAACAAGCAGAAUGGCUUGCCCCAAUAAUAAUGAGUCAACCUGUUCCAUUUUCAACACCGCCGAGACCUGGAUUCAAAGUUGCACCGGAACCUCCUGAAGGAAAGGGACCAUCGAUAAUUUAUGAAGACGGUUUUACAAAAAACGAUGUUCCGGUUGGAUUUUAUGUUUCUGAUUUAUCAGGACAAGAUAUUUAAUCAUUAGAGUAAUUUGAAAGAAAUAAUAAAAAAAAUGUUUUUGAAAUGUUGUUU